AUGAGGUGGGAAAGGGUCCAUCUUCAACCUCCACACCAAGCUCAGCACCACCCACAAGGAGUGUCGCUUCAGAAUGGCAUAUAUGGCCCAGGCAAGAGGUGGGGCCACACCUGCAACGCCAUUAAAGAAGGAAGGUUGCUCUAUGUCUUUGGUGGUUAUGGCAGAGAUAACUGUCAGACCAACCAAGUUCACGUCUUUGACACUGUUACGCAUGCAUGGAGCCGGCCAGUGAUAAAAGGCACACCUCCAACUCCAAGGGACAGCCACAGUUGUACCACUGUUGGUGAGAAUCUAUUUGUGUUUGGAGGCACUGAUGGGACGAACCCUCUCAAGGAUUUGCAUAUACUCGACACUUCUUCACAUACAUGGAUAUCUCCAACUUUAAGAGGUGAGGGGCCAGAAGCUCGGGAAGGCCAUAGUGCAGCGCUUGUUGGGAAGCGCCUAUUUGUCUUUGGUGGCUGUGGAAAAUCAGCAAAUAAUAAUGAGGAAGUCUACUACAAUGAUCUGUACAUCUUGAAUACAGAGACCUUUGCAUGGAAAAAAGCUAUAACAUCGGGCCAGCCACCAUCUCCUCGUGAUAGCCAUACUUGCUCAUCUUCAAGGAACACAGUGAUUGUGAUUGGUGGGGAAGAUGGGCAUGAUUACUAUUUGUCUGAUGUCCAUAUUCUCGAUGCAGAUACGCUAGUGUGGAGGGAGCUGAACACUUCCGGCCAAUUACUACCACCCCGAGGUGGUCAUUCUACGGUUGCUUUUGGGAAGAACUUAUUUGUUUUUGGGGGAUUCACAGACGCACAAAGUCUAUACAAUGACCUCUACAUGCUUGAUGUUGAUACUGGCUUGUGGACAAGGGUGAUAACUACAGGUGAUGGACCUUCUGCUAGAUUUUCGGUUGCUGGGGACUGUUUGGAUCCUGCAAAAGGAGGUGUUCUUGUGUUUAUUGGUGGUUGCAAUAAAAGUCUUGAAGGACUGGAUGACAUGUAUUACUUGAACACAGGACUUGUCAGAGAGAGUGAAAGGAGGCUCGAAAAGUUAUCAUUGAGGAAGCAAUUAAAGCUAAAGUGCCAAGAACAAAAUCUCACUCCAAUUCAUGACAGAGCUCUUGUUCCAGUUGGAACUGGUGCUGACAUUUUCCAGCAUGGGACAAUUCCAUUUUAUGGCCAAUCUGGUGAACAAGUUAUCCCAUUGAAUCAGUCCACGCCGGCAAAGAGGUCAUUUCAAGCAAAGGUUACUGAAAGGUUGUUUGAUGGAUAUACAAUUGAAACUGUUAUUGAUGGAAAGCCACUUCGUGGUGUAUUGUUUUCCAACAAGUCAGAGUUCUGUAUUCCCGCAGCUCCUAAUUCCAGUAGGAAGCGGGUUGCCAGUGAGGUUGAUGGGAUAAUGUCAAAUGGUGGUUGUAACAGCAAGUCAACUGAGUCUAAAGGCAUCGGCCAAGAGGCAAUUGAUCUCAGACAGCCGGUCAAUGCUCAAGCACAGGAGUCCACAUCACAAGAGAUUGCUAGCGGACAGGUUUCUUCUAACCCUGUGCAGUUGGUGAAUCCCUCGAAUCUAGGAGAUGCUCUAAAAUCGAACACUGAAGGUCUAGGAAAUGACAGAACCGAGAUAACAACCGGAGGAAACAGUGCAGCAAUAUCUUAACUACAGUUUGGUUGAGGAUUAUCUCUGAACAUGCCCCAAAGAAAAACCACAUUUAUUUGUACAUUUAUCAUGUCAAGGCGAUCAUGAAUGCAUGUGAUGUAGAGGGGGAUAUACAGAAUUUGCUAACUGAUGUAAUCUGUCACCUUCAAAUAUUGCUAGGUCUAGGAUUCUAGUUGUAUGUUGUACUCGUCUAAACC